AUGUCGGAGUUCCAUCGUAUUUUUAGGGAUUUAAGGGUGUACUACGAGCCGCAUGUGCGAUGGGUGGAUGUGGAGGAGUGGUUGUACGGCGAGGAGGCCGAGAACGAUGUGCUGCAGCAGCGAGCGGAGAAAUACUGGUCUAUGGCCAUGUGCAUGCAGGAUACUGGCCACCAGGAGACGCAGCUGCAGUUGCUCCGGGACUUAUCCAGCGUCAUACGAGCCAUAAGAGACGAGAACCAGGCCAGCUAUAGCACCACCCACGAUAAUUGGUCCAGUUUGAUUGGAUUUUCUCCAGCGGUUGGCUACCUCGCGUACGUAUACUCGCUUGUGAGCCUGGCCAUUUUGCCCGAGCAUGUGCAGCAGGCUGGUCCGCAGCAGCUGAAUGAAAAUAUCAAUCUGCAGCUAGCCCUCAAUGCGGCUAGCGCCUACCUGCUCACUCUGACCAUUCCUGGCGCCAAGGUCUUUGGCGUCUUCGACGAGGAUGUGAUCGAACAGGUUCUCAAGAUCUUCCGGCUUCUGGAGAUGAACAAUAACAAAAGCGUACGCGCCACCAUCAUCUGGAUGUUCUUCCUGACCAUCUGCGAUGACCUGAAGAUCGUCUUUCGCUACGUGCACUUCAAGGAGCACCUGAAAACGCGCGACAGGAUCAUUCGCUGUCUGCUGGAGGUGCUCUACAUGAACUUUAAAGUGGGAUAUCAAAAUACAGGUGCUCCCGGCUUGCAUGGCAAAUGUUUUGAGCUCUUCUCGGAGAUAGCCAAUGAGCACAAUGGCGAUGUCUACGAAACUCUACACCUGAUAAUGCGACAAACCUUUCCGAUGCAUGUUUAUACGGAUAGUCCCCAGAUGAUUGCAGUUGGUCGCCGUGGAGCGAUGCAAAGUGGGGAGCACAUAUCGGACUGGUUUAUCCAGCUCAUAGAUAAGUAUCCCGACAUUGUCAAUCGCAUCCUGCACUUUUACAUCGAGUGCGUGGUGUCCAAUCCCAUUAAAGCGUGGAAAACCAUCGACGAGAAGGUGGCUAUAGGCUAUGCAGCCAAGUACGACCGGGUACUGUUCACCAAGUGCAACAAAUCUUGCGCAGAUUACGUGCUGGAGGCCGUGAAAGCCGACGAUGCUGUGGGCAUUCAAAUUCGCGCUCUCGAUCUGAUCGAGAAGAUCCUUCUGCAGGAAAGCGAGGUGGAGUGGAGCAUCUUCCGCCACGAGGUGUCCGACGUGCCCAGAGAGGUGCCGCUGCUGAGGGAGGUGUUGCGUUGCCUCAACGAUCGUACGUUGACUGUGCGCCGGAAGGCCUGCCAAGUGCUCAUCCUGGCCCUGAGACAAGGAUCACCGAUGACGAAAAAAAUUCUGCAGGAAAGCAUUCGUUUCGUUCAGUUCGAUGAUACGGAUGUGGAAGCUUUGGCUGAACCCUCUGCGCAGCAAAACGAGCUGCGUUUCGAGAAGCCCGGAAUUGUGCAGUAUGCCUUCAGUUUCCAGGGACACGAGCAACUGGAAACGGAGGUCAAGAACUUGCCCCAAAUGGUGUACCAGCGUUUUCUGGCCGCGGAUAAUGGUUUGGCGCGUUCCGCUGGCAUAGCUCUACUGGAAAGACUGGUCCUAGUCAAUCCCCUGAUCAUCUAUAACACGAAUUUUGUGAAGGAGACCUCCUUGCUGGCCGUGGAUCGCUUGUCUUCGGUGAGAAAAUCUGCACUGGAGACCAUAGAAACCCUGCUGGAAGCCUACUCCAAUUGUUUCGCCCUCAUUUGCGUGUACUGCCGGAUUUGGGCUUGCCUAAUGAGCGAUGAGGAUGUGGCGCUCCAGAAACUGGCCAUUUCGAGCUUCGAUAGAAUAGUCUUGAAAAACAUUCAGCCGCUGGAGUAUUCAAACGAAGCGAAACACUUUAUGCCCUGGCGAAUCAUCAGCACCCUGCUGAUGACGCAGCCAAGAGCUUAUCUUCAAGAGAGAUUCGCUGUUUUACUGGAACGGGAGUCCAUAGUAACACCCAGACUGGUAAACGUGAUUAUCUCCCACUUAUCCACGUCCAUGGCCACCGAUGCCUGGGGAUUGCUGCUCUUCCUGUCCAGCCGCAUCACCAACAACAUGGACGCGCUGAUUGGCAUUUUCAAUGGCCUCUCCUCCUACAACAUGAAGUCCAAUCAGUUUCUAGCGCUGCAGCUCAUCAUUGGCUGCCUGAGGAACUUCUCCAAGCCGGCUCUCAAUCAGCUAUUCCAAAGACUACUGAAUGCCCUGCGCACGGGCAGCAUUUGGCUGGGCAUCAUCUCGAGUGCCGUCAACUUGCUCAACCAGAUCCAUCAUCUGUCUCACAGCCAGUCGCCCACGAUUGCCGCCGAGAUGCCAUACUGGCAGCUCAGUUUGCUGGAAGAUCUCGUCGAGGGCAUUCUGAGCAGUGCCCAAAAUUUCCAGGAGGAAUAUGCCCGGCUGCAGUGCCUGCUGGGCGCCUAUACCGAGCUAAUUGUGAUGGUGCCCCAGGAUGUGGACAAUAGGAUCGUGAGCAUCGUGUUUAAAUACCUGCAGGAGUGCACCAAGCUCUGCGAGUCGGAGUUCGAUUCGGAUAACGAGCGCAUGACCAACUGGAUGAUUGUGAUAGCCGGUCGCUUGUCCCUGCGAGAUAAUCAUCUGGCCAAUAGUGCAUCCAAGCUGUACAUAACCAUACUGACCAAAAACGACAGACCUCAGAUCAUCAAUACUACUUUAAUAGCGCUCAACGAUCUCGGCAAGAAGCAUCCAUCAAUUCUGGAGAGUAACUUUCAGGCGAUCUUGUCGAAACUACAAUCGAAAUUCGCGAUGACCCGGGUGCGCACCUUUCGCUGCGUCAAGGAUGUGAUUCUCUCCGGGAAUAUUAAGCUCAAGGGUCCCAUUCUCAUAUCCAUGCUGGCCAGCCUGGUGGACGAAAGUGCCGAGGUGGCCAGGGAGGCGGAUGCCUUCUUCACUCGCUACAAAAGGUUGUACAACAAAAUGUUAUUCGAUCACUGCCUGAAGGAGUGCCCCUUCGAUCUGAAUGACCAGGCUAUUUUGAGGGGCGUGAGAACGAAUGACAACUACAAGUCACCACUGAAGGGUUCACAAAUGGCCAAAAAUCGUAGGCUGCUCUACAAUCACAUAAUGUCAUCGGUGGACGAGAACGCGCUGUUGCUUUACUUCGGCCAACUAAAACUGCUGGCAGAAAAGACCAGAGACAAGGCUUUCAUCAACAAUCCCGACGCCCUGAUUGUGGUUCAGGAUAUGCUCUUCAUCAUGCGCCGCAUUUGCUAUUGCACCAAGGGAAAGGGAAAAGAGAAGAACUCUCGUGGCGAGGGCGACAAUAGCGAUGACGGGGAAGAUGGGCCAUCGGAGCCAGCAGCUCCGCCAGCUAGACCAGAGGCAGGCGAGGCAACGGGCAGAGGAAGAGGACGAAAGGCGGACAUGUCCGAGGAGCCACUCAAGGAACUGGAACGCUGUCUUCGCUAUGUAGAGGAAACCCAUCGCAACAUUGCGUCCGUCAUGAGUCCCGAGCUCAGUCACAGCUUUGAAUCCUUUUGCCGAGCGCUGGCCAUGCGAUUCCCCAACUACAUUGAGUUCGCCCAGCCCGCGCAAUUUUGGCGCAAAUUUCGAUCCGCGGCGAAAGCUCCGAGAGCGAGCAGAAGCAAGCGACGACGCAUGGAGGAGGGCGAAGACGCGACCCAUGAGGAGCAGGAGUCGGAGAGCGACAGUGACAGUGAGCUGCCGCUGGACAGGCACAAGACCGCGCCGGCUGACUCCCGUUUGUCCCAGAGGAAAACCAGCUGCGAUAUGCUUGUCACCGAGCUGAUUUUCCAGCCACCCGAUUGGUAGUUUCCAUUCCCGCGACCUUGCAAACUGAAUUUCUCAAUUAUUUAGUUAUACACAAAUCGAAUAUUGUAUUAUUUUGCAUUAUAAAAUGUACAUAUGUAUCUAAAGCCAAAAAUUGAAUUGGCUAUUGUACCAGCAAGUUAUUCUAUUAAAUAAGCCAUCUUGACAUUUUGAGUUAACAAUA